AUGCACCAAGUCGCCAUUGUCGUUUGGUUCUUCGCCCACGGGAAAGAGGCCUGUUACGGAACGACUCAAAGUUAUCGAGAAAGCCACCAAUCUGACGCCAAGAGAAUUGAGGCCGCUCUUUCGAGGUGCAGAGACCUGCUGACUGAAACACGCGAUGGCAACGACGGCACCUGGAGUGAAGCCGAUGGUCCGUUGCUGUUUAAUGCAUUUGCCGUUUUGCGCGUUUCGUAUGGCCGAGCUUUCAUCAACUUCCGAUCGUUAGAUCGCUCGUUACUCUUCCAGGAGAGUAGCCAGGAUAUGCUGGUGAUUUUGCAACGCUACUUUGAUGCUGCUCAGGAGCGGGAUGGCUACAUGACCAUGGCUGUCGACUGUGCUCUGGAAGGCUUUGCUAUACCCAUUCGAGCGGGAGUCUUGCUCAUGCAAAAGACGGCGGCAUUGAAGUGGAGUGUGGAACAUGCUUUGGCGGGAUGGGAUGCUGUGACAAAGUGGGUUCAUACGGUCGAAAGCCUGCAGUCUACGAGUGGAAAGACUACGCCAGAAGAAACAAAGGUCCUCGACAAUGUCCGGUAUCUUCUCAGCCAAAUCGACGUUGAUCGCUCUCCAUCUUGUUCUCUUGCUGCGGAUCUGGCUCGUGUCUGGGCUGGAUUAUAUGACGAUACCUGGGUUUGGGGUGGUAAGUAA